AUGAUGGCAGAUCAUAUAAUGGAUUUGGGUGGAACAGUCCCAGAGAACUACAUCUGUUUGUCUUAUGAGAUCAAUACAGUUGGAAUAAUUAGAGCUCCACGUGGUGAUGGGAAGGAAGCUAUAGUAUUGGUUACACCUUAUAAUUCUUUGAAGAUCACAAGGGGAGAGGCUCUAUCACUAGGAAGUGCAUACGCAUUGUUCUCUCUAUUCUCUCGAGUUACUUGGCUUUCCAAGGAUUUUAUAUGGCUCUCUGCAGACUCAAGACAUGGAGAAUACACCGCAGUUGCUUCGUGGCUGAGAGACUAUCAUACAGCUUCAUUUGGUGACUUUAUGCAUUCUGAAACUUGUGGUGGCAUUAAUUUGCCCGAGCUGAAAACAGUGCAUAAUGGCUUUCAACACGCUGGCACAAUGGUAGCUGCUCGUCAUUAA